GUUAAACUUGUUAUUCAUGAACAAAAAGAGUGUCAACAUUGACUUAAGCAGACAGAAAGAUCUGUUAACAAAGAGUCUUAGACGUUAGUCAUAGCGACUUUCGUAGUGUAUAUGUAAUUUAUUGUUGCAACACAUACGGGGGCCAAUGGACUCUACCUUGACGCCGUGUGUUGCAUAGCGUGGAAGCUGGAAGUAGCUGGAAGGCAUGCAUAAUUAUCGCCCCGAAUUGCACAGCUUUUUGUUGAAAUUAGUUUUUUUUUUUUUUUUGGUGGACUUAAACAAGAUCGUUACAAUGAGAAUUUCAAUGCAAGCUUUCAAUUUGCAAUUAAACCAGUUUACCACAAAGUUGACCCAAUUGACCAGGUCUGGUCGGCUGAUAGCCGGAUUAGAAAGACAUGGGCCGUUCGCUGGCGACGCAUGCGCAGUAACUGUCUUGGCCUUACAUGAAGCACAUCGCGCGAAAGUGAAUGGAUUACCUCAGUAUGAAGUGCCAACGUUGCAUAAGGAUAAUAGCUUUGCUUAGCUGCGCGCUUGGCAUUGUCGCAGGACAAUACAGCACAGCGCCAGGCAUUGGAUACCACUCCAAGGCCUUGGAAAGAGUCUUUGAGGCGCGCAACUUGGAGCUCAGCUUCCCCACGCCAAAGGAACGGGAGCGUGUCCUGCGCGCUGGUCUCUAUGAUCCUGGCAAUGUUGUGCCCAUCGAUGUGGACGUCUACUAUACACAUGGUGACAAAACACCCUCCAUCUUUGUGACUAUACCUCGCUUCACCAAGGGCGUGCCCUACUCCCUGGCCUAUGUUACCAACGAGGUGCGAGAGAACGGCACCGAGCUGCGCGCUUAUCCGAGCUACGAUUGGCAUCAAUCCCAUGGCGCCGACUGCAACGGGCUGACUUCCGUUUAUCGCACGCAGAUUGACGACUGCGGACGCAUGUGGAUAUUGGACAGUGGAGAGAUUGACUUUGUGCAGCACUGCCCGCCGCAGCUGUACGCCCUUGAUUUGGCAAGUGGGGGCGUGGUGCACCAUUACCGCUUGCCACAAGAUGUGUACAAGACGGGAGUGAGCCGCUUUGUGACGCCCAUCAUUGAGCUCGAUGCGCACAAUUGCGAUGUGGGCCAUGUUUACAUGGCUGACUCAAUUGGCGAUGGCAUUGUGGUCUAUGACGUGGCCGCCCAGAAAUCGUGGCGUAUAGAGAACAAGUACACCUAUCCGCAUCCGGACUUUGGCACUUUCAAGAUAGCUGGCGAGAGCUUUCAGCUAUGGGAUGGCAGCGUGUCCAUGUCAGUGACCCCACACGGACUGGCGGGGCAAUUGGAACGCAUGCUCUAUUUCCACUCGCUGUCCAGCGACUGGCAAAUGGCAAUACCACUGAAUGUUGUUAACAAUGGAAGCAUCUGGAAACGAAACGAUGUCAGCGCUGGCCUCGAUCAAUUUGUGCUGCUGGGCAAACGGGGUAGCCAAUGUGUGGCAGCGGCCAUGAGCGAGACAGGCAUGUUGCUCUGCGGCCUGGUGCAGCCACCCAGCAUACUGGCUUGGAAUAUUCGCCAGUCAUAUACCCCUGAGAAUAUGGCCCUGCUAAUUGAGGACGAGCAACGGCUGCAAUUUACCAGCGGUUUGAAGAUUGUCAGAAACCACGAGGGCAAAGAGGAGCUUUGGGCGCUCUCGAAUCGGUUGCAGAAGGCAUUUGGAACGGGUCUGAAUUUCAAGGAAGUCAAUUUUCGUAUACAGAAGUGCGGCAUCUACGAGCUUCUCAAUGGAUUGCCCUGCCAUUAGGCACAACCUUAACUGUCAUUGUCAGCUAUCUCAAAUACUCGAUCAUUCUAUAUUUAUUAGAAGACUUUUCAAAAAUGUAAAGUAUUUUUCAUUUCAUGU